AUGGGGAAACUGAUUUGGCACGAAUGGGGACGUCUCCUAGCGCUGGCGUCAGGAUCUUGUAAGUUCUCACCUCUGAGGAUCAGUCUAUCAGUACUGCUCAUGUUUUCAGCUUCUUUCUGGGCGUUCUUCUACCGCAAAUUCUUUUGGGAUAUGAUCGGAGGAACGUUAGGACCAGCAGGUAUCAUUCCGGGAAACAAUACGAAACCUUUAGUGGAUAUCGUCGUCAACAUUCCUCUGCUGCAGAUAUUCACGCUACUCUUUUCGUUGUUCGCUUUGAUGCUUGAAUGGCCGUUGCCUAUGAUCAAAGGUACUGGUCUACAUAGGAAUUUCCUCGCUCGUGUGGUGGUUUAUUUCCUAGCUGGUUUCGUGGGUAUCAUGGUGUACCAGACCGUGGAUUGCGCAAUAUACUUUGUCAUCACUUCCAUGGUCUACCUUCGAGCACAUAUGUUAGGAGAGAUCAUGCGUGAUACUCGAUCUAGAAAUGGUGAAGCGUAG